UUAAUAUAAAACUAAUCAACUACCAAGUAUUAUUUUCUAAUUACUUUGGCUUACUAUUAUCACUAACAAAAAAUUAUAAUAGAAAUAAACAAACUAUUUAUUAAAAUGGAAUCUUAGAAGAAACAUCAAUAAUUACCUUAAUAAAUUAAGUCUCAGAUACCUUAAAAUUCCCUUUUAAAGAAGCUUUAUCUUCAAAAUUCUAUUAAGGAAAAAGACUUAAACAGAAUUUUAUAUGAUCAAGAAAGUAAUGCAACAGCUGAGGAAAGAAUUAAACAUAUAUAAGACAGCGUUACGAAACUACCUUAAAGCUUAUUAAAAAACCACAUUCAUAUUCCUAUUAAUAUUAUACAAAUCCACUAAUAAAAGAAAAAUUCUCCAAAUGGAGUACCUAAACCUAAGCCAAUUUUGACUGAAAAUAUGUAAUAAUCUAUGAAUAAGAUAAGAAAUGCUUUGACUCCUUUAAAUGGUGAUAUAAAAUUUACUUCAGCUUCUAGUAGAUUAAAUUAAAGUUUUGAUGCUUAGUACGGCUAGGAAAAUGCAAUAACUCAUUUUAGUAUUGAUGAAAAAAAGAAAAAGAGCACAAAAGAGUUGUAAAUGCAGACCUUUUAUAGUAAACCACCUUUAUCUUAAGCCAGUCGAAAUGAGAGCUCAUAAUAGAUGAGAGGAAGAAUUAGCGGUUUGAGCAUAUAAGACUAUAAAUUAAAUGAACAGUAAUUCUAAAAUGGCUAUGAUAUUUCAUAACAACCUAAUAGCAAAUAACAGAAAUAGCUUGAUGGCCAUUAAACAAUUAAAAAUGCCUAUUUUCAUAACAUGAGUUAUACAACAAGAGCAAGUACUGCAAGAUCAAAUACUUAAAGAUUAAAUAAAUAAAGUAAUUAAGACGCUCCACUUCUUUUCAAGAGAAGAAAUAGAGGUCUUAAAUAGCAAUCUCUAGAUUUUUAUAAUUGCAACUCUCAAUAAAAUUCAUUCUCUAUUAACAACUCUAUAGAGUACUUUUCUAUUAACAAUGAAAAACAGAGUAAUUAGAGCGAACUAGACAACCACACUUUUACUGGGUCCAGCCAUCCUAUAACUCCUUACUCUGUUGAUAUAACUCCAAUCAUCAACUAAUAAAAUAGACCAUUUACAUCAUUUUAAACAUAAGUUUUACAAAGCUAGUUAUCAUUAAGAGCAUCUACAAAUUUAAGACAGAGAAAAAGUGAUUGCUUAUAUUAUAGUAAUGACAAUAAACCGAUAGAUGUUAAAUAAAUGCUUUCUAAAACUCCUAAUGAGUAGAUAGAGAAUUAAGAAUUAUAUGUUUAAAAUUAAGGAAGCUAACAAUUUAUUGAAGAGGAUGUUAUUAUUGAUUAAAAUUAAAUUUUACAAGAAACUGAUAAAGUCAUACAAUCAUAAGAUUAUCAAAGGUAGAAGAAAAAGAAUUUUGAGAGAAGAAAUGGUGUUCUCAAUAUGAAAAAGAUAAACUUAAAUGUAUAAUAUAUGAACAAGUUUACAUCUGAAUUUCUCCCACCUUGGAUUAGAAAGAGAGCAGAUUUUAUUAAGGUUUACCUGUAAACUUAAAUAUCAAACAAACUUAUUAUUCCUAGAAUAUGUUUGAAAGAAAUAAAUGAUAGAUAUAUCAGCGAUCUAAACACUUUAGAGGAAUAUAUGAGGAAGAUUAAAUAGCUUUAAGAUAUAAGUUCUGAUUUAAUGAAGUCUAUUUGCCAAAAUUUAAAGGUUCACAUUUAUUGGGAAGGAGAAAAAAUAUUUAGUUCUGGAGAUGAAGUAAAAUAUAUGUUUGUCAUAUUUGAAGGUCAAAUAGAAGAAGUUUAAGAUGGAAAAUAAAUCAGAUUGCUAUAAGAAGAAGAAUUAUAUUUUAGAGAUGCAGUUAUCAGAGAAACAAAAGUUACCAAUGACUUCAUAGCUCUUAAGCAGAGCAUCAUUAUAUAUCUUGAGAGAAAAGAUUAUUAAGAAAUAAUUCUGAAUUAACAAGAAAGAGUAUUAAAUAAUUUUAAGAUCGAUAUCAGAUUUUAGACACUCUUUAAAGAUUUUCCUAAAGAGACUUUAACAAAAUUAUGUGACUCCCUUCAAGGCAGACUUUACUUAAAGGAUGAGAUAAUCUAUGAGUUUUAAGAUAACCCUAAUUAUUUUUAUAUUAUCUACGAGGGCUAAAUAAGAUGUGAAACAGUUUUUUAUAUGCUUAAUUAAAACUGUUGGCCUAAAAAAAACUUUCAAAAGAUCGUUGAUUACGAUUAUCACGAGUAUAGAACUUUUUCAAAGACUCUUAAAAAUGAGAAGAUACUUAGCAAAGGAUAGUUUUUUGGUGAUUAAGAGGUCAUUUAUGAAAUAGGAAGAAUGGCUAGUACAAUAGCUCAUACAAAUUGCUUCUUGCUUAGUAUCACGAAAAAAUAGUUCUUCUAAAUAUUUACUUAUAAAGAAAUAAAUAUGUUUAUCGAAUACAGGCAGAAUGCUCCUAUUAAACUAGAAAAAAAUCUAAAAUCAAUCUAAAAAGAACAAAAAAACAAAGAUGCAAGAAAAAGAAUAAUGAGCGCUUUGAACAUUCUAUACGAGUCUGCACCCUCAAAAGAUAAGGUUGAAAAGAUUGAGCAAAAGAUUAAAGCAUUCAAAUAAUAUAUUGAGAACAAAGAUUUUAAUUAACCAGAAGAAAAUUGA